AUGAAUGAACAACGAUCCCAGAAAGCAGGCAUCGACGGUGGCCAGUGGUCGAACCUGCAGCUCUGGUGCGAAGUGAUAGACGCUACCCCGGAUGCUGAUGGCCAUUGCAUCAUCGGGGAUGACGCUUCGCUCGAUUCAGGGAUCCUGUGCCCGAAACACCUCCGUGCAGAUGGACACGUCAGCCUCGGGCGUAGCGCAUGCCUCGGCGCACGAGCUGCAUCAGCGGCUCUGAGAGAGCAUUGCAGUGCGCACUUGCCUUCAUUCUGGUCAUUGGGGUGCAUCAGGGUCGUGUGCAAUCGUGCUGUACACGAAACUGUGGGAGCGUGGCGUAAGAGACGCUCCUCUGGGGCAUCACGCCCUGUCAUAGCGCCGUAUCGUCGAGUCGUAGGCGCUUCGCGCGCUGAUCGCCGCCCAACGCGCAGGCACGCGUCGACGCGCAGCGGAUUCUCAGGUGUGGAGCUAGGCGUGCGGCUCCGGCUGAACCUCUUGCUCCAGACACUCGCACACACACACACACGCACUGUGUGGGCUGCACUUAUGGUAACCGAAGGAGAGACACAACGCGACCCUAUUCUGGAUCUCGCCGAUCUCGCAUUCGCGGUCAUCAAUGGAUGGAAGCACGUUUCGGAACUCGAGCAAGCGAUUGACACGCAGCUGGCGCUACCGUUUUACGAGAAGCGGGUACGGCCGCUGCUUCCAAGUGCACGUGUCUCCGAAGACGCACUGCGGGAGCGCAUAGCGUCGACGAUCAAGCAACUGCAGGUGCGCGUCCAAGACGCGCGCGAGCAUGAAGGUGAAACCGAGGUUCGCGAGGCGCUGGAAGCGCGCUCCGCGUUCUGGGCUCGCAUCGGCGACAUAGAAAACGCGACCCGCUCUUAUGAAGCGGCGUUUCAAGAGACGGUGGCAGUUGGGCCGAAACUCGACAUCUGCUUCGCCCUGUUUCGCCUGGGUUUAGCUAUGGAAGAUCGGAGACUCAUGCGUCGCGAGCUAGCUCGAGCACGGGACCUGCUGGCCAAGGGCAGCGACUGGGAGCGCCGGAACCGUUUGCGCGUGUACGAUGCGCUACACCGCAUGUACUGCGAAGGUGAGUGGCUGGAGGCAUCCGAGGCAUUUCUCGACGGACUCGCUACUUUCACGGCAACAGAACUGCUCAGUUUUCCUCAGUUCGUCUUCUACGCUGUAGUCUGUUGUCUGGCAACAAGGGAGCGUCCCGUUCUACAAGAACGCGUCGCGUCGUCUCCGGAAGUUUUGCAGGUUAUCGACAAUUAUCCCGCUGUACGCGACUGUUUGAAUGCCUUUGUUUCAUGUGACUAUCUGCGAAUCAUGCAGACAUUACCAUCCAUUCUGGAGCAGGUUCGAAAGGAGCGAUUGCUUCAUCGCUAUGAGGCGUUCCUUGGACGCGAGAUCCGGCUGGCCGCGUACGCCCAGUACUUGCGAGCAUACAAAAGCGUUUCGCUCACCAAUAUGGCUGCCGCUUUCGGGGUGCGAGAAGCAUUCCUGGAUGCGGAGCUUGCACGUUUCAUCAAUGCAGAUCGGCUGAGCGUGAAAAUCGACCGAAUUACCGGCAUCAUCGUAGCGAGUCGUCCGGAUUCUCGUAGUGGGCUAUAUCAAGAGGUUCUCAAGCACGGCGACGCCUUGCUGAAUCGACUUCAAAAGCUAUCCCGAAUUAUUGACGUGUAA